UUCAUUCUUAAUUAUAUGUACAUUCUGCUGUUUGACUUGUCAUCUACGUGGUUUCAGUACUUUGGUGGAACAAUCUUUGGUCGGACUUCCGGUGGACCGUUCUAUAUUACUAGUUAUGAUUAUGAUGCUCCAAUUGAUGAAUAUGGCUUACUGAGUGAGCCUAAAUGGGGACAUCUAAAGGAUCUGCAUGCUGCUAUAAAGCUCUGUGAACCUUCUCUGGUUGCUGCUGAUUCACCCCAGUAUAUUAAAUUAGGACCAAAGCAGGAGGUUUGUGUGACCCUUUUAUUACUGUUUUUUAUGCUUAACUUUUAAUUAUGUGAGCACAUGAUAACUUAUAAUGGAAUAGAA